ACAGGAAGCAACGCCUUAGCAAAAGGUCCUCCGUCCUGGGCUCCUCGCUCGCCAGUCGCAGGGAGCCCUCGGAGCCACCACCAUGGGAAUGUCCGUAUCGCAGGGUUGCUUUGGUUAUCCCUUGAGCAUCUUCUUCAUCGUGAUCAACGAGUUCUGCGAAAGAUUUUCCUACUAUGGAAUGAGAGCGAUCCUGAUUCUGUACUUUCAACGUUUCCUCGGCUGGAACGACAAUCUGGGCACCGCCAUCUAUCACACGUUUGUGGCUCUGUGCUACCUGACGCCCGUCCUCGGAGCUCUCAUUGCUGACUCCUGGCUGGGGAAGUUCAAGACAAUUGUGUCGCUGUCCAUUGUCUACACCAUCGGACAAGUAAUCAUUUCAGUGAGCUCAAUUAAUGACCUCACGGACUUCAACCACGAUGGAACCCCUGACAACAUUUCUGUGCACGUGGCACUGUCCAUGGUUGGCCUGGCCCUGAUAGCUCUGGGUACCGGAGGGAUAAAGCCUUGUGUGUCUGCAUUUGGUGGAGAUCAGUUUGAAAAGGGCCAGGAAAAGCAAAGAAACAGAUUUUUUUCCAUCUUUUAUUUGGCCAUUAAUGCUGGAAGUUUGCUGUCUACUAUCAUCACUCCCAUGCUCAGAGUUCAAGUAUGUGGAAUUCACAGUAAACAAGCUUGUUACCCAUUGGCGUUUGGGGUUCCUGCUGCCCUUAUGGCUGUAUCUCUGAGUGUAUUUGUCAUUGGCAGUGGAAUGUACAAGAAGGUCCAGCCCCAGGGUAAUGUCAUGGCUAAAGUCGCCAGCUGUGUUGGGUUUGCCAUCAAAAAUAGGGUUAGACAUUGGAGUAAGAGAUUUCCCAAGAGGGAGCACUGGCUGGACUGGGCUAACGAGAAAUACGACGAGCGGCUCAUCUCUCAAAUUAAGAUGGUUACAAGAGUGAUGUUCCUGUAUAUUCCUCUCCCCAUGUUCUGGGCCUUGUUUGAUCAGCAGGGCUCCAGGUGGACACUGCAAGCAACAACUAUGAGUGGGAAAAUUGGAAUUAUGGAAAUUCAGCCAGAUCAGAUGCAGACCGUGAACGCCAUGCUGAUAGUUAUCCUGGUCCCCAUCAUGGAUGCCGUGGUGUACCCUCUGAUCGCAAAGUGUGGCUUCAAUUUCACCUCCUUGAAGAGGAUGAUCGUUGGAAUGCUUCUGGCUUCCAUGGCUUUUGUGGCAGCUGCAAUUGUGCAGGUGGAAAUCGAGAAAACUCUUCCCAUCUUCCCCAAAGGAAAUGAAGUCCAAAUUAAAGUAUUGAAUAUAGGAAAUGAUAGCAUGAAUAUAUCUUUUCCUGGAACAACAGUGACACUUGACCAGAUGUCUCAAACAAGUGAAUUUAUGACUUUCAACGCAGACAAACUGACAAGUAUAAACAUUUCUUCUACUGAAUCACCACUCACUCCAGUAACUCAUAACUUUGAGCAGGGCCAUCGCCAUACCCUUCUAGUCUGGGCCCCAAACAAUUACCAAGUGGUAAAGGAUGGCCUUAACCAGAAGCCAGCAAAAGGAAAAAAUGGAAUCAGAUUUGUAAACACUCUGGCUGAGAGCGUCAAUGUCACAAUGGAUGGGGAACUUUAUAAAAACGUGACCAGUCACAAUGCCAGCGAAUAUCAUUUUUUCUCUUCUGGCGAAAAGAGCUUCACAAUAAACUCACCAGAGAUUUCACAACCGUGUAGAAAUGAGUUCAAAACACGCUACCUUGAAUUUGGUAGUGCGUAUACCUAUGUAAUCACAAGGAAGGGUAACAGCUGCCCGGAACUGAUGAUAUUUGGAGAUAUUUCCCCGAACACAGUCAGCAUGGCCCUGCAAAUCCCCCAGUACUUCCUCCUCACCUGCGGCGAGGUGGUUUUCUCCGUCACGGGAUUGGAGUUCUCAUAUUCUCAGGCUCCUCCCAACAUGAAGUCGGUGCUUCAAGCAGCGUGGCUGUUGACGGUGGCAGUUGGCAACUUCAUUGUUCUUAUUGUAGCAGGAGCAGGCCCGUUCAGUGAAAAGUGGGCCGAGUAUGUUCUGUUUGCGGCGUUGCUUCUGAUUGUCUGCGUAAUAUUUGCCAUCAUGGCCCGAUUCUAUACGUACGUCAGUCCAGCAGAGGUUGAAGCUCAGUUUGAUAUGGAUGAAAAGAAAAAGUACCUGGAAGAAGAGUAACCCAUAUCCCAAGUUGGACUCCAUCUUACAGACACAGAUGUGAAUAUCAAGAAGCAAGUGGAGGACGGACUGGACCCAGGAUGUGCUCAGGUGUCUGUCCCCUGGGGGCAGGACACUCUGUUGUAUGGCCCCUGAUGGGGAAAACUUCAGAACUGUGCACCAACCCAAGAAAGCUGUUUUCUAAGCAGCCAGCAAUGAACCUAACACUCUAAAAGAAGUCCUUUUGUUUGUUUUUCAGAGAAGUCUUGUUUAAAGCAUACACACACACAUACACAUACUUUUACAACACUGAGUCCAUACCCUGCAUUUAACUCCUUUCCUAACACACAGAGUUAUUUUGGACUAACUUAAAUUUUUGAAAUGGUGGCAAAGUUCCAUAUUGUUUGCAUUCGAACGCUCUAUGGAAACAAUGUUAAAUGAGGCAAAAAGUGAGUGUUAAGGCUUUAGAAUGGUACACAAUAAGGACCGGCUAGUAGGAACUGGUAACUUUACCUUCUGUUUUUUGUUUUGUUUUUCCAGUCCCUACCUCUUUUUAAAUUAUGUAUGACUCAAAAACCUACUCAGGUAAAGCAAGUCAUGAUUUUUAGAUUUUCAAUGGUAUGAAAUAAAUUCUCAUUCUUAAG